AUCCUAUAAAUUCUUCCAUUAUUACCAAUUCCUCCUUCAAUUCGUAACAACAGAAGCUUCUAGAUUUCAACAAUGGCUAAGAUCGCCAUAGGCUCAAUCCACGAGGUCACAAAACCCGACUGCAUCCACGCCCUUAUUGUUGAGUUCAUCGUCACGUUUAUCUUCAUCUUUGCUGGUGUAGGAUCCGCCAUGACCACCGAAAAGCUGGUAGGAAAUGAGGUGGUGGCGCUAUUUUUCGUGGCCAUGGCUCAUGCGCUUGUGGUGGCGGUGACGAUAUCCGCCGGUCUUAGAAUCUCCGGUGGUCAUCUGAAUCCGGCAGUCACUCUUGGGCUAUUGGUCGGUGGUCACAUCACCGUCGUUAGAUCUCUUCUUUACUGGAUUGAUCAGUUGCUUGCUUCUGUUGCCGCUUGUGCUCUCCUCAGCUAUCUCACCGGUGGAUUGGCGCUACCGGUGCAUACACUUGCAGCUGGAAUGGACUCUUUACAAGGUGUGAUAAUGGAGAUUGUGUUGACUUUCUCGUUGCUCUUCACAGUCUAUGCAACUCUUGUGGACCCUAAAAAGGGAUCUCUUGAUGGGCUAGGCCCACUUUUAACUGGGCUUAUAGUAGGUGCCAACAUAAUGGCUGCAGGGUCUUUCUCUGGUGCCUCCAUGAACCCAGCCAGGUCUUUUGGGCCUGCUUUGGUGGCUGGUGAUUGGACUGAUCAUUGGGUUUAUUGGGUCGGCCCACUCAUUGGUGGUGGGCUUGCUGGACUCAUCUAUGAAAACUUCUUCAUUGUUAGGACUCAUGUUCCUCUUGCAAGAGAUGAAGAAAGUUAUUAGAUUAUGGAGUGUUUUUAUGGUGGUUUGUAAUUUUAUCAUGCCGAAUAAAUAUAGUUCUCUAAUUUUUAUUCUCAA